CCCGUGCGUCAAACAUGAAAAAAAAUAUACUUGGUUUCACAUGCAAACUAAAUGUUAAGAGUAAAAACGCAAGCUGAUGGCAGCGAUGCAAACCUUCCAGCCACACUGACUCUCAGUCUUACAUACAAAAUGGAGGACAGGACUGUCAUCAGAUAAUUGGAGCUGCAGCCUCCAAGUUGCUGAAGACUUGAGAAACCCAGGCCAGUCAUAGGAGAUGUGAAUUUGCUGAAUGAAGAAUGAGAAUCUUGAGUUACUGCGUCAUUGCAGAGGACUGACCCGCACCAUCGUUUCCCACGUAACCUUUCAGUCUCGUUCUGCUCCUCUGCCUCGCACAUCUUUAUCCAGCAGCUCUGCUGUCCGGCCCAGGCAGGGUGGACCCGUCCCUCUCCCCAGGCCUCGCGCCCUCCCAUCGGCGGCCUGCUCUGGCGGCGUGUUGGUGUACGAUGGCGCGAUGGGACGCUGAGGGCUGCCGCGGGGGACUGUGAUGUCAGAGCCCAACAGCCCGGGCGAGAGCCGGCGUGGCGCUCCCAGAUUCUUCGUGGGCUGCGAGGACGAUGACAGCGAGGUCCUGGAAGAUAUCAUGAGGACAGACAUGGAGCUGUAUGAAGACGACGAAGACACAGACUCGCCCCCGGAGCGAGAGAUCGUGGUGGGGAUCUGCUGCAUGAUGAAGAAGUCCAAGUCGAAGCCAAUGACCCAGAUCCUGGAGAGGCUGUGCAAGUUUGAGUACAUCACUGUGGUCAUCUUCCCAGAGGACGCCAUCCUCAACGAGCCGGUCGACAGAUGGCCUCUGUGUGACUGCCUCAUCUCCUUCCACUCCAAGGGAUUCCCACUGGAUAAGGCAGUGAGCUAUGCCAAACUGAGAAACCCUCUCCUCCUCAAUGACCUGAACAUGCAGUACUACAUACAGGACAGGAGAGAGGUGUAUCGCAUCCUGCAGGAAGAAGGGAUUGAUCUACCACGCUAUGCUGUGCUGAACCGCGACCCAGAUAAACCAGACGAGUGUAACCUGGUGGAAGGAGAGGACCAUGUGGAGGUGAACGGAGAGAUAUUCCAGAAGCCUUUUGUUGAGAAGCCUGUCUGCGCUGAAGACCACAACGUCUACAUCUACUACCCCACCUCAGCUGGUGGUGGCAGCCAGCGACUCUUCAGAAAGAUCGGGAGCCGGAGCAGUGUAUACUCGCCAGAGAGCAGCGUGAGGAAGACGGGCUCUUACAUCUAUGAAGAGUUCAUGCCAACAGAUGGCACAGAUGUCAAGGUGUACACUGUGGGCCCUGACUAUGCUCAUGCUGAGGCUCGGAAGUCCCCUGCUCUGGACGGAAAGGUGGAGAGAGACAGCGAGGGCAAGGAGGUCCGCUACCCCGUCAUGCUCUCAGCCAUGGAGAAACUGGUGGCCCGUAAAGUCUGCCUAGCAUUCAAGCAAACUGUGUGUGGCUUCGAUCUUCUCAGAGCCAAUGGACACUCCUAUGUUUGUGAUGUCAAUGGUUUCAGUUUUGUGAAGAACUCAAUGAAGUACUAUGACGACUGUGCCAAGAUCCUCGGGAACAUCGUGAUGCGUGAGCUUGCUCCCCAGUUUCAGAUUCCUUGGUCCAUCCCUACAGAAGCAGAGGACAUCCCCAUUGUUCCCACUACGUCAGGGACCAUGAUGGAGCUACGCUGUGUCAUCGCUGUCAUCCGACAUGGUGACAGAACGCCCAAACAAAAGAUGAAGAUGGAAGUUCGCAACCCCAUGUUCUUUGAUCUAUUUGAAAAAUAUGGAGGAUACAAAACGGGGAAAUUAAAGCUGAAGAAGCCAAAACAACUGCAGGAGGUGCUGGACAUCACACGGCAGUUGUUAGCAGAACUAGGACAGCACAAUGACUGCGAGAUAGAAGAGAAGAAGUCCAAACUGGAGCAACUGAAGACUGUUCUGGAAAUGUACGGACACUUCUCGGGGAUCAACAGAAAAGUGCAACUAACUUACCUGCCCCAUGGGCAGCCCAAAACCUCAAGUGAGGAAGAAGACACGCGUAAAGAAGGUCCAUCUCUGCUGCUGGUGCUGAAGUGGGGAGGGGAGCUGACUCCUGCUGGCAGAGUUCAGGCCGAGGAGCUGGGAAGGGCCUUCCGCUGUAUGUACCCCGGGGGUCAAGGAGACUAUGCUGGAUUUCCAGGCUGUGGGUUACUGCGGUUGCACAGCACCUACAGACACGACCUGAAGAUAUAUGCAUCUGAUGAAGGCAGGGUGCAGAUGACGGCCGCAGCUUUCGCAAAGGGUUUGCUGGCUCUGGAGGGUGAGCUGACACCCAUCCUGGUGCAGAUGGUGAAGAGCGCCAACAUGAACGGGCUUCUGGACAACGACAGCGACUCGCUGAGCAGCUGCCAGCACCGUGUCAAGGCCCGACUCCACGAGAUUCUGCAGAGGGACCGGGACUUCACCGACGAGGACUUUGAUAGGCUGGCCCCGACCUGUAGUGCCUCUUUGGUGAACUCAAUGAAGAUAGUGGAGAACCCAGUGGCCACAUGUGACCAGGUCUACGCCCUCAUUCAGAGCCUCACCUCCCAGAUCCGCAAAAGGAUGGAGGACCCCAAGUCAGCUGACCUGCAGCUGUACCACAGUGAGACACUGGAGCUGAUGCUGCAGCGCUGGUCCAAACUUGAGAGAGACUUCCGCAUGAAGAACGGCCGCUACGACAUUAGUAAAAUACCUGACAUUUAUGACUGUGUGAAGUACGAUGUCAUCCACAACGCUACUCUGGGCCUGGAGGACACACUGGAGCUGUUCAGACUGUCUCGAGCCUUGGCUGACAUCGUAAUCCCACAGGAAUAUGGCAUAAAUAGAGUAGAGAAAUUGGACAUAGCAUACGCCCACUGCCUCCCACUGGUCAGAAAGAUCCAGCUUGACCUGCAGAGGACCCACGAGGACGAGUCUGUCAACAAACUGCACCCUCUGUACUCUCGCGGAGUGAUGUCUCCUGGGCGCCAUGUCAGGACCCGUUUAUAUUUCACCAGUGAGAGUCACGUCCACUCCCUGCUCAGCAUUUUCCGCUAUGGAGGCUUGCUCAAUGAGGAGAAGGACCAGCAGUGGAAGCGUGCCAUGGAUUACCUCAGUGCUGUCUCUGAACUCAACUACAUGACUCAGAUUGUCAUCAUGCUCUAUGAGGACAACAAUAAGGACAUCUCUUCAGAGGAACGCUUCCACGUAGAGCUUCACUUCAGCCCUGGUGUCAAAGGCGUCGAGGAGGAGGAGAACGCACCAACCGGCUUUGGCUUCAGGCCCGCUUCUGCAGAGGUAGCCCGGCAGAACGGGCAGAAACAGACCGACCCCGGCAGCCUGGAGGACCUCUCACGAGAUGAGACCGACCGUGCCGUGCCGCUGUCUGAGCCAAUCACCAUUCAGAGGAGGUCCCCACUCAUACGCAAUCAUAAGACUGGAUCCAUGGAGGUUCUGUCAGAGACUUCAUCCUCCAAAGUAGGCAGUUAUCGCCUCUUUUCGUUAUGCUCACGUCAAUCCCCUGAGAUGAAACAAAGUGGUUUAGGCUCUCAGUGUGCCGGGCUCUUCAGCACCACAGUCCUAGGUGGGUCCUCUAGCGCCCCUAACCUGCAGGACUACGCACGUGCACAUCGCAAAAAAUUCUCCACCGGCAGUCUGUCCUACAAAGACGGAACACAAGAUGACACAUCCACCAUAGCAGUGGCUCCACCUCUGGGGUGCACUGCAACAGAGCCCCUGGAGGAGCACCGUGUGGCCCAGUUCUUGAGGCAUUUCUCCACCGACCUCAGCCUGGGCCGCAGCCUCUCUCUGGACUGGGCGCUGGCCCACCACCUCCACCAGUGCUCCUACCACCUCCGCCUCUUCCGAAACUGGCUCAUCUCCGGUCAAGACCCCCUAGAGUUCUUCUACGGCUUCGAAGGCUGCUCCAUGGUGCCCUCCAUCUAUCCUCUGGAAACGCUGCACAACUCGCUGUCGCUGAAACAGGUCAGCGAGUUCCUCACCGGUGUGUGCGAGAGCGCAGGGGAUCCCCACACGAGGACCACCAGAGCUCUGUCCGCCAUGUUUGACACACACAACCAGCCGUCAGUGGACUCGUACAUCCCUCAGAGAGUCCUCACUUCCUCCAUCUCUCUCAGAUCUCGUUCUGACAGACCCCCUUGGUACAGCAGCGGUCCGUCCAGCACAGUAUCGAGCGCUGGACCGUCUUCUCCCACUACAGCUGACACUUCCCCACGCUUCAGCUUCAGCGAUAAGAUCUGCCUCACCCCUCAGAGCAGCGAGGAAACUCACUCCUCUCAAAACACUUCCACUCAGCCAGUGCCCGCCGUCGGGUCACAAGGCCUUGACCCAACUUGCUCUGCUCUGUCAAGCCUCGCCGAAGUCCCUCUGACUCCAAAAAACUCCCCAGAGGAUGACGCCGAGCUCUGCGAUGUUACCGGUUGCCAGGCUGAUGAUCCCGAACACGCACAGAAAGGGCCAGAGGGGGCUCCUGCAGCCGACAAUGCCUCCGGCGUUGCAAUUUCAGAUCCUGGCCUGAGAGCGCCUUGCUCUGCGUUGGCGGAGCUCACUCUGGCUCGGAUGGAGAGUUACUGCCUCCCGAACUCUCUGCCGGUGCUGCUGGAGCUCCGAGAGAGCGGCAGUGAGGCAGGCUCCAGCUCCCAGACGCCCCAGUCUCCGGAGGGACCCGACGAGUUCUUUGACACUCAGGAGUCGAUGGAGUUGUGGAUGGACAGUCCAGAAAGCCUCCCGCAUCCCGAGACGCCUCUAGAAGUCGGAGCCACUCACACAGCAGAGCCGUAGAGCGCUGAAUCUUCAGAACAACAAAUCUGUCAGAAAAUCCUCCUUGUUGUUGAGUAUGAGCAUUGAGGCUCAGUACUGUGUUACAGCCGACCGGGCCUCCCAACUCCUCUAGCUUGAUGACUACUGUGUUUUGAGUAGUAAUGAAUGGACGGCUGAUUUUCACACUAGGCUCUGUGUUGGAGAGUCAUUUUAAAAACACACUGGAGACACACCAGUGACACCACUGACCCACUUUUGACAGCCCACUGGUUCAGUUCAUCUGUCUGUAAAGCUACUUGUUGUCAGUUUUAUUGUCAAGCUCUCUGUUACUGUGGGUUACAUGCUGUCGCACGAGCCCUUUCCUUAAAGCUGCAUUAAUCAAUAUAUGGCCACUAGGGGGCAGAAACACCUCAUCCCAUUGGCGUUGUGUUUGUGUCCACAUAAUGAAUUUAAGUCCAAUAUUCGCUCUCCUUUUAGUUCUGGUUUGCUCUCCACCAACCUGUCUGUCUGCCAUGUUGUGCGGGGCAGAUACUGUAGUGUACAGUGGGUUGAUCAGGAGUUGAGAGAGAGAAAGCAUCUUAAAGGGAUGGUCUGGAUCUUUUGUGUGGCUGUAUGAGCUACUUUUCCAUAGUCAGUGUAUUAGCUACAGUAGAGGACGCCCCCGGUUUGGAAAUCAUUUUGCCUCACAGAACACGGGAGUUGUUGGUCUACCGCUGCCUCCAUCGGUUACUUUGUUUGUGUUGUUGUGUGACUUUGGUGUUUUAAAGCAUUAGUUCAGAUUCACCAAAGUCACACAAUAACAAAAACAAACUAACCGAAGGAGGCAGCGAUA